AUGUCUACCUCUCGCUCUGCGGUAACUCGGCCUUCUUCUUCCGGUCCCCUGACUGGAAACAAUCCUGCUUCUGCCCUUGUUCCUGAGAAUGUUGAAGCAUCUGAUACGUCAGAGUUGCCUGCCUACGUGCCGAGUACAAGGUCAUCUUCAAGGUCCAGGAGAAGGGAAUUUCCAGAAUUCAAAGAAUUUUCUUACGAUGCGAAGAAUCGAAAAGGAAAAUCAGUCGUUAUUCUCACUGUAAUUGCAGAGCGGUCGUAUUCAAAGCAUAUACCCACUUUUCUCCAAGACUCUCCUGUUAAAGGAAGAGUCCACCUUGACCUUGACAAGCCCGAAUCUAUCUUGUCUGUGGUUCUGAAUAUACGAGGUGAAUACCUUACGGGCGCCAAUCCAGACCAGCAGCUCAUUUUUCUUGACCUUGCCUAUCCUCUGUGGUCGCAAUCCGACGGUGAUCCUCAAAGAAUGAAUGUUCUCAGAGAAACAGAAUCUCUUACUCGCCAAGGAUCCUCCACCCUUUCUGCAAGAUUCAACGGCCCGAAGCUCGUGGGUCAAUAUACGUGGCCAUUUUGCAUUACCCUCCCUAAGGAAGUCAGUGUACCGUAUGGGAAAGGCAAAGCAUUACGGUCCUUUGCUCUUCCUCAAACAUUCAAUGAGCGACAUGCGAAAGGCAGCAUUAGAUAUGAGAUAUCCCUCAGAAUUAACCGCGGUAGAUUCCAGCCGAAUUACAGGAUCCCUGCAACAAUUGGGUACAUACCAAUAUCACGACCUCCUCCAUUCCCACCUCUCAGAAGUAUGUGCUAUCAAGAAGGGACAACACUUCUCGGCCCUACUAUUGACCCUGACGGUUGGUUUUCUGAUACUCCUGUCACUAUCAAAGGGACAAUAUUUAGUGCCCGUGCAGUUCACGUUACAUGCACACUAUGCUAUACUCGAGGCUCAGUGAUCCCAUUUUUUAUGCGCCUCGAGAGCGACGACUUUCAGGCUCUGGAUUUACUGUCUAAUCCCAAGUCCAUAUCUGUCUCUCUCCAGAGACGUAUCAAAUAUCAUGCCUUUCCGGAGAAGGUGUUGGGCUCCUUUGCCAAGGAUUCCGUAGAAUAUGUGCAGCAAGCUGUAUGGUGGCCAUCAUCCGAAGGUGUGGAAGUCAAUGUGGAACGGUUUCGAUUUUUGAACGGAGAGCUGCAUCUCAAGGCCGACACGAAACCCAGUUCAGCAAUAGCAGAUUUUUCUAUAGAGUACUCUGUUGUGCUCUUCCCUUUCAAGUCUGCCGGCUUCGAGGCUUCUGACAACGGACCGCUUCAGACAUACCCCGUUGAAAUUGUCACCUCCUUUGCACAUGGGCCGCGGCCCAGAAAAUACGCGCCUCCUGGGUAUGACGCAGAUACACCCCCAUCUAUGGAUUUUGUGAAUUUGGAUCCUGUGGCCUAUAGUUCUUGA